AUGGAUCCAGCAGACGUUCACCCCGAGUCAAAAGACUACGACCUCUUUGUUAAGGAGUACAAUGCUGACAUUACAGCAUCUCGAUUGAUCGAGGCGUGGAAAAACCAGGCCCCAGAGUAUCCCCCUCAAGCGUUUCUUGCGGACGCACAACUGGACGACUAUCUUGUUAUCGAGCAGCGCCGUUUCUCCCUCUGGCUCCACCACGAGCGGGGGGAACGUUUCGGGGUGAUUGCCGCCCCGCUGUAA